AUGCCAGCUGCUCCGCUAUUGCUCGACCCACAGAUACGGGAUUGGGUACUAUUCCCCAUCACGCUUGUGAUGAUUUUGGUCGGUGUCUUGAGACACUAUGUGACCCAAUUGCUCGUCUCGGCACCCAAACGCCAAACACUCCUUGCUGUCCGCGAGCAACGCGCUGCUUUGCGCUCACAAAUUCUACGCGCUACGUCAAUGCAUUCACCUCUUCCUCCGACAACAUACAAGUCCAUUUCCCAGCAUUUGUCUCGGGCAUUCAAAGAUGGCACAUUCCUGAAAGAUGGUCCCCCAAAGGCAGAUGACACUCCUGCGUUGCCCCCAAACCCGCUCACAGACCCGACACAAAUGGAAGGCAUGAUGGACGGAAUGAAGCAGCAAUUCGUUAUGAUGGUCCCCCAGAUGGUCAUCAUGGGAUGGAUCAACUUUUUCUUCCAAGGCUUUGUCCUCAUCAAAUUGCCAUUCCCACUCACACUUGGGUUCAAGUCCAUGAUGCAACGUGGGAUUGACACGCAGGAAAUGGACGCUCGAUGGGUCUCGUCUCUCUCGUGGUAUUUCCUCAACCUUUUCGGUCUUAACGGCUUGUUCAGGCUCUUGCUUGGUAACGAUAACGCCGCCGACUCGAGUCGCGACAUGACCUCCUCGCCCUUUGCCAAUGCCGCCGCAGCCCAAUCCAAACCAGCCGGACCCCAAGAUUUCACCAAAAUCUUCGCCGCCGAAAAGGACAACCUCGAGCUCGCCGAGGGCUUGUACGUUUGGUCGGGAGAACACGUCGAGGAACGACUGUUGCAGCGAUGGGGCAAGUUGCCGAAAUCCAAAACCAAAAUCGCAUGA